AAUCCACUGAUAGGCUCUGGCCCACUCUGAUUCUCAUCUUAAAUUGACACCCCUUCCCCCCAGUGCGCGGUCCGAUUUAUCGCACAUCACAUGCGAAACAGACGGCGUCAAUGCAUCUUCUCACCCUCCUGACUGGGAUCAUCCUCCUCCACGCGGUCAAUGGCAGUCCCCAGCCCAGCAGCGCCCCGGCACCGACCGGGUCCUCGUCCUUCUCCAAGACGACUAAAUACCCUCUCCCCAACGUAGGGAAUGUGGCCGUCCACGACCCCAACAUCCUCCGCCACGACGGGGCCUACUGGCUCUUCAAGGGCGGAGUCCACCUCCCCAUGUACAAGGCCCAGUCCCUGGACGGACCCUGGACGCAGCUCGGCACCGUCCUCGACGGACCCAGCGAGAUCCAGAAACAGAACCGCAGCCGCCCAUGGGCGCCCACCGCCGUCGAGUGGAACAACACCUUCUACUGCUUCUACUCGAUUAGCAAAGCCGGCAGUCGCAACAGCGCCAUCGGGGUGGCGACCGCCACCCAGUUAGAUCCUGGCCGCUGGUCGGACUACGGGGCCGUCAUCAACACGGGCCAGGGUAACGGGUCGGAGAGCUACCCAUACACCGUCUCGAACGCCAUCGACCCGGCCUUCACCAAGGACCAGGCCACGGGCCAGCCGUACCUGCUGUAUGGGAGCUACUGGCAUGGGAUCUACCUAGUGCCGCUGGCCGCGGACUUGCUCUCGGUCACGGAGCCGGAGCGCCAGAAUGCGACGACGAAUCUGGUUUACGUGCCCGAUGAGAAGGUGAAGCCGGUCGAGGGGUCGUUUAUGAGCUACAGAGAGCCAUAUUACUAUGUUUGGUUCAGUCAUGGCAAGUGCUGUGGAUUCCAAAAUGGGUUUCCUGCUGUGGGGAAGGAGUAUAGCAUUCGGAUCGGACGGUCGAAGGAUGUCCAGGGGCCGUUUGUGGAUAAGGAUGGACGGCAAUUGACAGACGGAGGCGGGACGGUGGUCUAUGGCUCGAACCAUGGGACCGUGUAUGCUCCUGGGGGUGUUGGGGUUCUGUCUGCUGCCGAUGGGGAUUCCGAUGUUCUGUACUAUCAUUACCGUGGGUUGGCUCUCGUCGGUUUGGCCGGAUGUCUUGCUAACUUGACCCUAGUCAAUACCUCGAUUGGGUUCAAGGAUACCGACGCGCAGUUGGGAUGGAAUUACCUCGACUACCAAGACGGGUGGCCAGUCGCUGUUUCUGGCGACAACAGCACCGGAACGAGCGAAAGCAGCGGAGCCGUGUUUGGACCUGAUUAUACGCUUCAUGCGUUCUCAUUCCUUGUCAUUUGGGGAUACCUCCGGCUACACAGUUGAAGCCCUGCUGUCCGCCUCGAG